AUGGUUGUUUCCCGGCGGAAGUUUUGGCAUUUGGACGGGCAAUUGUUUCCACCCUUUCCUGAAGGCUACCUCAGUGUUAUGUUUGGAAUGGGCUGUUUUUGGGGCGCCGAACGGUUAUUUUGGAUGAUGCCUGGCGUUUAUUCCACACAGGAUGUCUGCACCAAGGAAACAGGUCAUGCCGAGGUCGUACGAGUUAUCUACAACCCGCAACUGACUCAUUUCAAUGAUUUGCUAAAGGCCUUUUGGGAGUCCCAUGAUCCCACCAUGGGGAAUCGUCAGGGUAACGAUAUUGGGACGCAGUACAGGUCGGUGAUUUUCGUCUCCACCGAGGACCAGCUGAAGUCUGCACUGGCAUCGCGUGACGUCUUUCAGAGGGCUUUGGGCGCUUCGCGACCCAUCACUACGGAGAUUAGACUGCUUACUGAAUUCUUCUACGCGGAGCCCUAUCAUCAACAGUAUCUGCAUAAAAAUCCUAAUGGGUAUUGUGGCCUACGCGGCACUGGUAUCACAUGUCCCCUUGCUGAGCAACCUUAG